GCCAGCCGUAAAGCGAACUCUUCAGUCCACCUUCACCGACAACGAUUUUUGAUUCACUCUCACUCUUUGUCAUCACCGUCUGAACUUGCAGCCAUAAUCCUGAUCUCUCCUCCUUCGAAUCCGCCGAUUCCCUCUCUGUCGGCUGCUCUCCGCGUCUCUUGUGGACAGCCAGCCAGCCAGCGAUGGAGAUAACUUAUAGCAGCCGCCUCUUACUCCUUCUCUUUCUUGGGCAUUCCUUCUUCUCGGCCCGCGCAUCCAUCCACAUCUACGACACUCAGCCCUUCACCGAAGUCGGAAAUGCUUUCCUUCUCUCCGGAGGUAGCGAAGGCAUUGUGGCUUCCUCCGCCGCCGCUGGUCUUCCGCCUUACACUGUUGACUCUUCAUCCUACGCCAUCCCGCGCGCCAUCAAUGAUGGCCGUUCUUACAUCAGGUUUGAGAAUAUCAGCUUCUGGAGGACUAAAAGCGCAGCUGAUGAGGAUCCAGAUAUGGAUCAUGAAACGGGACAGGUUCACGUAGUCAUUUUUGAGGCUGCUGAUCGGGACAAUAUUGGCGGUUCUGCAUAUGGUGGACAGAGGUCCAUCUGUUGCACCCCUGACCUUGCUAAGCUGGAAGGCUGCAAGGAAGGUUGGGUGCUUAGGAGGCCUUCUGCAACUGACGUCAAUUGGCCAAUAGUUCUGGAUGUAAACUUCAGAGGCGACGACUUGCUUACAAAGCUAAAAGAUGAGGAUGUGUACAUUACCAAGACAGGGAUGUAUAACUUGUUCUUCGUUGCGUGCGAUCCAAAGCUCAAGGGACUUGUGAUGAGUGGGAAGACGAUAUGGAAGAAUCCCGAUGGUUAUCUGCCUGGUAGGAUGGCGCCUCUAAAGAAGUUUUAUGUGCUUAUGUCUGUUGCAUAUUUGCUGCUUAGCUUGAUAUGGUUUACCCAGUACCUGAGGUUUUGGAAGGACAUCUUGCAGCUUCAGCAUUGCAUCACGGCUGUUAUAGCUUUGGGACUAUUUGAGAUGGUUCUAUGGUACGCUGAGUAUGUGAAUUUCAACAGCUUAGGCGUUAGGCCAGUUGCAAUCACUACUUGGGUUGUGACGAUUGGAGCUAUAAGGAAAACGGUUUCUCGUCUUCUCAUACUCUCUGUUUCAAUGGGUUUUGGUGUUGUCCGCCCUACUCUUGGCGGUCUUACCUCAAAGGUGCUUUCUCUUGGGCUAACUUACUUCUUGGCAUCUGAGUUACUGGAUAUAACAGAGUAUGUUGGAACCAUUAAUGACAUAUCGGGAAGAGCAAGAUUGCUUUUAGUGCUUCCAGCAGCUUUCCUUGAUGCAUUUUUGAUACUGUGGAUAUUCACAUCUCUUCAGAAAACGUUAGAACAGUUACAGACGAAGAGAAGCUCUGUCAAGUUGGAUAUCUAUAGGAAAUUCUCAAAUGCAUUAGCCGUUACCGUUAUUGCUUCAGUUGUUUGGAUAGCUUAUGAGGUUUACUUCAAAGCUACCGAUCCAUUCAAUGAACGUUGGCAAAGCGCCUGGAUCAUCACUGCAUUCUGGGACCUUCUCACAUUAGUACUGCUCUGUGUCAUCUGCUAUUUGUGGGCUCCAUCUCUAAAUUCUCAAAGGUAUGCUUACUCAGAGGAGGUUGGAGAAGACUUCGACGAGGAGACUCAGUCUCUAACCAGGGGAAUGCCUGAUGGCGACAUAAGCUUAGUGGAAAGCAAAGAGAAGAAUGGUAUCCACCACGUGACUGCGUUCGAUGAAGAAGACGUGUUAGAAGAAGAUAAGAGAGAAUGAAUGAUCGAUUUUACCGCAAGAUGAGCAUAUUCUUUUGCCUUCGAUUCCACUUCCUAGCUUACCUAGGCAGUGCAGUCCUUUCUUGCCCAUCCUUCCACUCGAAUCUGCCGAAAGGCCCUGGGAGAACUGUUCUGUAGUAUCACUAUUGUGUAGCCACGGUUCCCGACCCUCCAUCUCCGUAUACCAUCAUGUUUGCUGUAAACUUGGAUAGUUGCCCAUUGUGUGUAAAUAACCUUUAUAUGAGCAUUCUGAGAUGAGGGGAUUCUGCUCUGAAAAUCAGCUGUAAAAGCUCCAGAGGUUCAUCUUUUUCCCCUGCUAGAUUGUCCCAUUUGUCACCUAGCAGCAUUGUACUCUGUAUUCCUUCAUUUUUAUCAUUGUUUUACUCAUCAGUAUCACCUUAGGAGAUUGUAAUUCCAGCAACUUCAUAGAUCUGCAACAAACAUGGAGUCUUUGUACAUUCAAUUCAAUGCAAUCCCCACCAACAUUCAUCUGCU